AUGUCUUUUCGAGGCGAUAGAAUCGAGGAUGAACCGUUUCUAUGGAGUCCGGAAUAUGUUUUCGAGUCGCCGGAACCAUGUCUUCCAUUAAGGCAACAACAUUGUCUUUGUGCUCAUACUCUUUCAACUAGGGAGCCUCUGUUAAACAACCAAUAUCAUAAUCAUUAUGAUUUGAAUCAAACUAUGGCGGUGACAGAGCAUUCAAGUCACAUAUGCCCGAGCAAUCUCAUUCCAAAUGGGCCACAAAGUUAUAUGCCUUAUCAGACGUAUGUCCCAAUCACUUCGGCUUUUACCAUAAAUGGACAGCAACUGCCCCCAUCAGUUUUAGUCAUGCGGCGUAAUGGAGCAAACAGUCUAAGGGCGGUUAACAAUUCAGCUAGGCAUCAUGUCAUUAUGCAAACAAGGGUGCAUCAGUCUUCGUCAAGCUUUCAGGUUUCCAGCUUAUCCACUCAGCUGCGUAGACGUCCAAGCGCAAACUCAAGCAUACCUCCACAGAAUGAAGUUUUGGGAUCCCGGAGAAGAACUUAUGAAAGUCGGUCUCAAUUUGGAGAACCAUCAUCUACUACUCGACGCAGGAUGACAAUACCAGCAGAUGAAAGUGUUGAUUCAACUCCAAUCAAUCCUGCUGAACAAAGGAGGGAAUAUGGACCGUAUGAUCCAGAAUACGAAAGACAAGGCUCUAUUCUCAAACCUUGA